AUGGUUGUUAUGGAUAAAAGAUUUGAAGCGAUUAGUAGCAAGGAUGAUCCUGAAAAACACUAUGAACUUUUAGACCACAUAGGCACUGGCAGUUAUGGAGAAGUGUAUAAAGCCAAAGUCAUCAAUACUGGCGGACUGGCGGCCGUCAAGGUCAUCAAGCUCGAGGCAGGAGAAGAAUUGGACGAAGUGUUGAAUGAAGUCAAUUUCCUACGGGAUUGUCAGCAUGCGAAUAUCGUAUCUUAUGUGGGCUGUUUCAUGAAGAAGAUGAGUAAAGGUGCUAAACAUAUAUGGAUUGUCAUGGAGUUUUGUGGAGGUGGAUCAGUGGAAGGAGGAUACAAAUGCAAGUCGCUGAGAGGACCAUUACUAGAAUGUGAAAUCGCUGCCAUCAUUCGAGAGAGUUUAGCUGGUCUCACAUUCCUGCACUCUGUUGGGAAGAUACAUCGAGACAUCAAGUGUGGAAACAUAUUACUGACUGACGCAGGAGAAAUCAAGAUUGCUGACUUUGGAGUCUCGACUCAACUGACACGGACAUUCUCAAAACGAAACACGUUUAUUGGAACACCGUAUUGGAUGGCUCCUGAAGUCAUAACUUCAGAGCAACAAGGAUCAGCCUACGAUUCCAAGGCAGAUCUGUGGUCAUUAGGAAUAUCAGCCAUUGAAAUGGCAGAAUGCAGUCCACCAAUGUUUGACAUGCAUCCAAUGAGAGUCUUGUUUAUGAUUCCCAAGUUGGAUCCACCAACAUUAAAAGAUGCUAAAUGGACGGAUACGUUUCGUGAUUUCCUCGUCAAGUGUUUGGUCAAGGAUCCAGAUAUGAGGCCGAGCGCCCAAGAGUUACUUCAACAUCCAUUCGUAUCAGAACUACCACCAACAAAACCAACUAUAAUAUCCCUCAUUGAGAGAGCUCGAGAAGCUAAACGAAACCGAACCAACAAACCUGUCUCUGCACUAUCUGCCGCCACUACCGAAGAUUCCGUUGAUGACGACGACGAAAACGAGACUGAAGAUGAAAUUGAUGGAUCAUCGACCAUAAAACCAUCAUCCGCUUCAUCUGCUGCUUCAUCUUCGGUAGUCGAGGUGGAAAAGAGAAGGAGGAGUCAAAGUGAGGAUGAAGCUAGUACCACUAGCAGUGUUGGAAGCGCAUCGGCAUUUUCCAGUCCGAUGGCAGGUGGAGCUGCUUCGUUGAAUUCGAGCGUGAUUGACCAUUCUCCGACAAAAUCAACUUCUGGAAGUAUAACCAGUGUCGAAACCAAGAAGCCUAUCUUCAAGGCUACGAGACUCUGCAGAAUAUCAAUAAGAGUCGACUGUGCCGAGUAUUUAGGUGACACUUUAUUACUUGGAACUGACGCUGGACUGUAUGCGUUCGAGUGUAGUGGGUCUGAUGGCAAGAUGAUUGAACUAUCCCAACGAAAGUAUGAGCAGAUAGAUGCUGUGGAAGAAUUGAGCAUUCUAGUGUCCCGUUCUGGAAAACACUCUGUGGUCGCAAUACACGAGCUGUCAUCAACAUCCAAGUUCAAGAAAAGGCACAAGUUUGAGACAGAGACCAAGCUGAAAAAGUUGAAGGAGACAAGGGAGUGUGACUUCUUUUCGUUAAGUAAAAUGAACAACUCUGUGUAUCUCUGUGUCGCCAUGCCCAAGUCGAUUCUAGUUAUGAAAUGGGCAGCUCAUCCAUUAAACAGGUUCAUGAAACUCAAGGAUGUCCCACAAGAAGGCAAAAUCUCAUCCAUGAAUGUAGUAGAGAAUUCUGCCACUGAUGUGAAACUGUAUACUGGAGUUGGCACGAAAUUCCGAAUGGUUGAUUUGCAAACUACCAUUAUUGAAGAUGUGGUAGUUCCGAAUACAUCAGAAGAGCGGUUGGGAAACAGUGUUGCUGGAAUUCCUUUUACUGAUUCUUAUGUGAUGUGUUAUCAAAAUAUGGGUGUUAUAUCUCAUCAAGACGAGCACAAGAUACUGACUUGGAGGAAUCCAUUGACCUUUGCAGCCAAACUUGGUCAUGACUUUUUGGUAGUUGGCUCGCAAAGUGUUGUGGAUGUUGUCAAUGCCGACUCUGGAAAGGUGGUGCACGUAUUCGAAACCAAAAAGGACAAGAUCCGGUCAUUGAAUCUGCUUGUGUGCCGACGAAACAAGCUGUUCCUGCUUGCAGAGGAAGGUCAAGAGGGAUCCAAGAGUGGAGGGAUUAUACAAAUCGGACUUGAAUGGGGCGUAUAG